AUGUCCUCUUCCUCCUCCUCCUCCUCCUCAAAUGGCAGCGGCAGCCCCUACCCGCGCAAACCGCUCGACCCCAUCUCCCGCACAGCCCUCCGCUACAGCCUCUCGCCCAAAGAAUACGAACUGCUACACCAAUACCUCAUCUCGCGCGCCCCGUCGCAAGUCCAAAAGCGCACGCCUAAGCCAAAGCGCUUUGAAAAACUCACCUCCACGACCGAGAGCAAGAAUAGCGAUGACCCCGACUCCAACGUCGUCGCGCUGCGCACCGCGCUGAGAGUGUUUGCGGGCGUGUAUGUAGGGUUUAAGGGCUAUGAAGUCGUGAUGCGCAAGCUCGCUAAGCGGCGAGGGAAGGCGGUGGGAAAGAGUGCAGGGAUGAGCGGAGAGAAUGUGAGGUGGGCGGGGAGUUUGGCUGGGAUAUUGUUGGCGCAUAAACUGCUUUUUCGGUUUUUGAGGAGGUUAAGGACAUAUUUGCUCGAAGGCGAGGAGGAGGUGGAGAGGUUUAAGAGGCGCAAUCCGAGGGUCGCCGGGGUGUUGACUUCGAAGUACACGCCUGCGAUCGGGGCGGCGGCGGCGGGGUUGGGGUUAGGUGUUGCGCCGAAAGGGCAGUUGAGGGUGACGAUUGCGAUUUACAUGUUCACGAGGAGUCUGGAGUUCGCCUUCAACUUCCUCGAAUCCGCCGGUCACCUCUGGAAAUCCGGCAAAUCCGGCCGUCCCAGCUGGUUCGGCAGCUGGCUCCUCAUGCCUUUUGCCUGCGGCCAGCUCCUCCACGCCUUCGUCUUCGACCGCGACUGCUUCCCCGCUGCCUACGGGGACUUCAUCAUCCAGCGCUCACCGGAGUACAUCCAGCUGCGCCCCAAAGACUACCCUGCCGCGAAACCGUGGCCGGGGACGUUCGAUAUCGUCGACGCGCUUGCUGGGCUGAGUAAACUCCACUGGCCGCCUUUCAUCUCUCCCAUCCUCUUCCCCGCUGCGAAGGACGCUCUACCCAGCCAACUGGCGAAAGUCGCACCACUCACCAGCCCCGCCCAUCCCGGAAUCAAACACACCUCCUGCGCCAUCCUGCACCCGCACGACCCCAGCUGCACGCGCACGUUCAUCCGCUACUUCGUCCGCAACUUUCCCGGCGUGGCGCGGUUCUUCGCGCUUAUCUACGGCGCUUUCGCGCUGCUGGGUUAUAAGAGUCUGCGCAAGGAUCCGAUGGCUUUUUUGAAUAAGCUUAGUGCGAGGAUUUUGCGGAUGGCGGUUUUUGUUACGGCGGCGGUUGGCACGAGUUGGGGGAGUAUUUGCGCGUUUAAUAGCGUGCUGCCUCGUGGAGUGCUGCCGACGCAGCGGUGGUUUCUGGGUGGGUUCGCCGGGGGGAUGUGGGCUUAUGUUGCUCGCAAGGGCGAGAGGGGGAAUUUCCUCUACUCCGCCCGUCUGAGCAUUGAUAGUUUAUGGAAGGUCGGCAAAAAGCGAGGUUGGUGGCGCGGGGUAAAGGGUGGUGAUGUGCUAGUUUUCGCGGCGAGUUUGGCCCUGUUGGAUGUGGUGUAUGAGGUUAAACCGGACGCUGUGCAGGGUGCGGUUUUGCGGAAGGGGGUGGGUGUUUUGAGGGGGGAGGGGUGGAGGGAUGGGGCUGCGUCUACUGAUGGGACGGGGGAGGGGGAGAAGGAGGGGGUGCAGAGGAGGGAGGAGCAGGAGGUGGUGCUUGGCGAGACUGUCGAGAGCGAGAAGAAGGAGCUUUAA